AUGGCUACCCCCGGUAAAUUAAAGAAGAAACACAAAGAGGUCAUCGAAUUUACUGCAGACUAUUUAGACAAUACAGCGCCAGUGAAAAAUAUUCUGGACGAGGUUCGCCAUAAAAAUGUUCAGGCAUUCGCCUACUAUGGCCAAAUUAUACGACAGCGUCUGACUACAAAAAAGAGUGUGCAGAAUUUCCAUUAUGUCGUUCCUGGCCAUCCUUUGAACUCUUUUAGUGAGGAUUGGGAUGGGCAGCUCAUUACAAACUACUUUGAAUCAUUCUCCUAUAAAAGUUUGAAUCCUAAAAUCAUAACUGAAAUGCAAAAUACGAACAAAACUGAUCCUGUAACACAAAUUAUGAAGGUGAAGAGUGAUUGGCAAUGGGAAUACAGAAAUCAAAGAGUUGCUGCAUCUUGCAGCAAUAUGUUGUCCAAAUAUAAGCCUAUGAAUGAAACUGUGGCGCAUUGUCCAAAACAUUUGGUUGAUAUGGCCGUGCAUUUAGACAGUGAUCCAGAUCCAAACUUUGACAGCUCAUACAACUGGUACUAUGCUGGUGCUGGAAAUUUACAGCUAAUGUGCAUACAGUGGAAAGAUUACCUGCUUCAUAGUGUCUUUAAUAAAUUGUAUAUAUCGGAGUUUAUCAAAACAAAUAUGUAUGUGAGUCGAACGCCCGCUGCUACUUUCGAUUGCGGUGAGGGGGUGAAUAUUCUCGAAACGAUCGUCUCUUCGCAGAAUCUGAUCGCCUUGCGGACUAUGAGGAAACUGUUCAUAUUGGGAAUAUUAAUGCAUGACGAUGAGAUGCAAUUCGAGAAAAUCAAAGAAGCAGAUAGCGAUACGCCGUAUACGAGCAUAUCGUUUGACGAACACCACAAAAACAUCUUGUAUCUGACCACACUGGACAAUAAAGUGACCAUUGUUAAUUUGGAUAGAAUGGUUGGCAAAACAGUCAAAUUGAAAUCGAACAAACCGCUCCUAAACAACUGGAGCGCGGUGCUGAGCGCAGAAAGGGGAUUUUACACACAUGUCAAUACUAGUAGCAUAACACUCUACGAUAAAAGAUCGAAUGAUAUCAUUCACCUGUGGAAAAACCUCCGGGAUGUUACGGACGAGCUUAAAUGCAACGAUAUCAGCUGUGCUUUACCCACGAAGGGAACUGCCUUAUACUUUGGAACGGACCAUCAUCUUUUCCUGAUGGAUUUGAGACACACCGGCGAAAAUAAGCCCAGGCCCGUAACGAGAUGGACACACGGCAUGCAGUGCGUACCCACCUUCAUAUCCAAAUGCGAUUUCGAGUUCGAAAAGGAUUUGAUUUGUCUUAGCAGCCAGUGGUGCGAGGAUAUGUGUGUUAUACCGAACAGCACCGAUGCAAUAGCCAAGGAAUCUGACAGGAUCAGCGUGACUAUACCUUACCGUCCACCUAGCAUACUCAAUACCCUGAAGAGCGCACGGCAGAAGUUGCUAUGCUACGAUUUGGACAACCCAUUAGACAGUAGACUCCAUAGCGCAGUCAGUGGAUGCUUCAUUGUGGAGCGCGAAGAAAAGUUCGACAUUUUCAUGCAAAAUUCCUUAGGUGACAUAUCUUGCCACACUCUGUAUCCAGAGCACAUGGCCAUUUUCAUGGACGAUGACAGCUGCCAGCGCCUGGACGAAUGGAGUAGAUCCUACAAAUCGGAGAAGAAAGUCUUUGAAGUUUCCUCCAUAGAGGAUAUCUCAAGUACAUGGACGAAACUGAAGAGGGUACCAGACGGUUACAAAAUUGUCGAGGGGAGGAGUGGGAGGACGUCGAAAUUUAACGAAGAAGAGAUAUACAGGGCGUUCGAAGAAGAAAAGCUGGACGUUGGCCUCUUGGAGUUGUGGGAGGAAAAGGCUAAGGAGAUAAUCGACACAUCCUCCAUAAUAAUGGACCUACUACACUUUUCGGACAGUAAUGACGAUUUGAUAAAU